GUUUGAGGAGCACCAUGCCUCCCAGGUGAAGGCUCUGACCGGUGACAGUGAGGAUCAGACGAACAGAAUCGCCCAGAUGGAGAAGGAGAUGACCUUCCUCCAAACUGAGCUGUCUGCCCAGAAGGAGGCCAACGUGCGCUCCCCCAGCAACACCAUGAAGAACCUGGUGGACCGACUGAAGGCUCAGCUCACCCAGAGAGAGAAACAGCUCAAGGCUCUCAGUAAAGCUCUGCUGGAGCUGCGGGCGGAGAUGACGUCUGCCGCCGAGAGUCAAGUCAUCGCCGGCGCUGCUCAGAGGGAGGAGAGUCUCAACGUUCAGAUGCUGGUGGACAGGCACACCAAAGACCUUAAGCUGCUGUGAUGGAAGUCACAUUUCAGACUUGAUCUGACCAUUAAAGUAUUAUUGUAUCGUAAGGUGGGAGCCCUUCAUUAUAAUGACA